AUGGAAGACUUGGUCGACAUCGACAAAUGUAUCACCAUAUCGGAGUUAGUUGAUACAGAAUGUUUGGUUGAAACUAACGUUUCAGUGGGGAUUGAUGAAAAGUUUGAUUCACUUUACGAUAAAGUUACAAAUAACAAUGAAGGCGAAGGUUUUGAAGCGAUUGUUUCCAUUAACAAAUCUAAUAAAACUGCAGUAAUUACACCAGUAGUUAGGAACAAACACCUAGUAGAUUAUGAAUCAAGUGAAACAGAGUCCGAGGAUAGUCUAAAAGUAGAAAUCAUGAGGACCCCUCAUCCAAAGGUAGCUCCAAAGACUCCUCGACUAAAAAAACAAAGAAAUGCUACUCCCCAUUCAAAAAAGUUUAUACGUUUAAUGCGUCAGAAGGCUAUUGAAGAGUUUGAAGAAACUCAUGUUGAAGAUGAAAAUAUUAACGAAACGCCUAUUAGUGUAACUCCCUCUGGAAUAGAACGUUUAGAAGUUUCAGACUCUCAAAAAGAAGUGACAACACCAACUUCACAACUACAUCACGUUCUAAAGCUAACACAAGCUGUCACAACUAGUACUCCAACGAAUCCAGCUACUGGGGGAUGGUCGUUAUUUCAAGAACAGGGAGCUGACUCACCGCUCUCAGAAAUUGAGACUACCGAAAGUCCUGCACAAAGUGUUGAUAAUGACCCAAAAAUAGAAUCGGAUAUUGUACAGCCUAAACUAAAAAGCAUUAUUGUGACAGAAAGCCGCAUUCGCAUUGGUAGCCAAGAUAGCUCAGAAAAACCAAAUACUUCCCAGGAAACUGGAAAUAGCACUGAAUCGUCUGUAAAAUCAAAGAAGGUUAAAUUUGCAGAGGAUACUGUUUUCAAACCGGAAACAAAGGUCAAAAGAGUGUAUAGAAAACCUAAGAGAAUGUUAACUCCAGGCCCCCAACGACCACGAUUUUGUCACAAUCCCCGCUUUCAAGCGCUUAUUAAUCGAUUCGAAAGCCAAGCCAGGACUCCAGUGCAAACCAAACGAGAAAAACUUUCUGAAACAACACCACCCGUCGGUGAGCACAACAUGCAAGCGAGGGCAAUAAACUUUAAAGAAGAAAGCUCCGCUGUUGAAAUAGAAAGCCACUCAAGAGAAUCGAAUGAAUUAUUCAGCACUUGUAUAGACACUCCCGUCGAACCGAUCAACAACGCUAUAACAACCCUAACUGCAAACAUUGCUGGCACUUUACAAACAUGUCUCAACUCCGUUUUACGAACAACUGAGGACGAAACUGAAAUACAAUUCAAAUUUGUGAUAACGAAAAAGAAAGUAAGUGUGAAAAGGAUCGCGGAUGAUUGUGUGGGUGUGGAGGAAAAGAGAAAUAAAAUUGGUACAGAAUCUCAGACAAAUAAAGAAAACAUUUGGACAUCGGUAGCGAGGGCAGUCAAAAAUGUAUUUUGGAGCGAUCCAGCUUCUCUUUCGCCGCUUAAAUCGUUCGGGGACAAUGAUUCUACAACAUCGUCCGCAUCCAAACGUAAAUAUGAAGAGAUGUCUGACUGCGAGAUCAGUCCGCUUAAUCACAAACGUCAUAAAUACGAAGGCCGUAUCCGUGGCCGUCCGCCCCUGAAGAGAAGCAAGUCUUGGGGGGUGUCAGGCUUGAGAACACAAACAGUAGAACAGUCGGAAAUGAAUAAAACAAUAUUGAAUGAUGACACAAUUAAUCAAAGCUUUUAA